AUGAGUGAAAUAUUUGAACAUUCAAAAUUAAUAGAACAUUUAUUUGCUGGAAGAUAACCAAAAUUAGCAAGAAUAGAGAGAAAAGUAAAAGAUGUAAGUUACGUAGACAACUCUUGAGUAAUAUCUGUCAUCCAAUUAAGAUACAAUAGAUAAUUAAGAAGAAGAUCAAGAAAGUCAAAGUUCAAGUAAUAUAACAAUUAUAUCUAUAUUUAUUUUAGUUAAAUUUCUACCUGAUACAACUGAUAUUCUAGGUGAUUAAGAUGCUUAUUAUUUAAUUCAAAAAUUGUUCUAAACAUCAUUGUAUCGAAGUAAUAUUAUUUUAAUUAUAAUUAAAGUUUUGGAAUUUCUCUAAGAUUUUUGGAUCUAUUAUUAGUAAUAUAAUUAGUCAUUUGAAAUUCAAAUAAAUUCAAGAAUUCUUUGCAAAAGUAAUAAUAAAGAAUCUUCCUUCAAAAAAGAAAUUUAAUUAUCAUUUUAAAUAAAGAAAAGAAUUAGUUUAAGGUCUCUUUGA